GUCGGAACACGUCAGAAAGACUUCUGGCAGCUGCUGGUAGAGGGGGAGCGAAAAAGUUAAGGAAAAGUCCUUUUUCUUGCUUUGCUGACGCGGACUGGAACGAGCUCCGUGUCUCCGCUGCAUUACCACUUUGUAUUCUUCCACGAUGUUGCUUCGGUUUCUAGUUUUAGGGGCUUUCAUUAGCAGAAUAGCGUGUUACUUUUCGGAAGAAAAAUUUCCCGAGGAGUCUACUAUGCAGCCGCCGACAGUUGUAAUAGCCAUUAUAGCUCGCAACGCUGCGCAUUCCUUGCCUUACUACCUUGGUGCUUUGGAGAGAUUGAACUAUCCUAAAGACCGCAUAUCAGUCUGGGCAGCGACUGACCACAACUCAGACAACACCACGGCGCUGCUGAGAGAAUGGCUCACGGUGGUGCAGAAGUUCUACCACUAUGUAGAGUGGAGGCCCAUGGACCAGCCCACGGCCUAUGCAGGAGAGCUGGGUCCUAAGCACUGGACCAACACCAGAUACGAGUACCUUAUGAAGCUGAAACAAGCAGCUCUGAACUUCGCCAGGAAACGCUGGGCAGACUACAUACUGUAUGCUGACACAGACAACAUCCUGACCAACCCAGACACCCUCAACCUGCUGAUUGCUGAGAACAAGUCGGUCAUCGCCCCGAUGAUGGAUUCCCAGGGAGCAUACUCCAACUACUGGUGUGGCAUCACCCCUCAGGGUUACUACCGGCGCACAGCCGAGUACUUCCCCACACGUCAGCGCCACCGUCUGGGAUGCUACGCGGUUCCCAUGGUCCACUCCACCUUCCUGCUGGACCUGAGGAGGGAGGGGAUGAAGCAACUGGCGUUCCACCCGCCACACCCCGACUACUCCUGGCCCUUUGACGACAUCAUCGUCUUCGCCUUCUCCUGCCGUGCGGCCGAGGUGCAGAUGUACCUGUGUAACAAGGUGCGCUACGGUUACCUGAACAUCCCAGCCAAGCCCCACCACACCGUGGAGGACGACCGCAUCAACUUUGUCCAUCUGCAGCUGGAGUCCAUGAUCGAGGGCCCCCCGAUGCACGUCUCCCGCUUCGUCCACGUCUUCCCCAAGAAGAGGGACCUCAUGGGCUUCGACGAGGUGUUCUUGAUCAACCUGCGUCGUCGCCUCGACCGCCGCGACAGGAUGUUGUUCUCUCUCAACGAGUUGGAGAUCGAUGUCAAAGUGGUGGACGCCGUGGACGGGAAUGCUCUGAACAGCAGUGAUAUUAAGAUCCUAGGUGUGGAUCUGCUACCUGGAUACUAUGAUCCCUUCUCUGGUCGGACCCUGACCAAAGGAGAGGUGGGCUGUUUCCUCAGCCACUACUACAUCUGGAAGGAGAUGGUGGACCUGCAGAUGGACAAGGCUCUCAUCCUGGAGGACGAUGUGCGUUUCCAGCCUAACUUUAAGCGGCGUGUGCUGCGUCUGUUGGAGGAGGUGAAGCUGGUGGAGCUGGACUGGGACAUCAUAUACCUGGGCAGGAAGCAGGUGAACCCUGGUAACGAGGAGGUGGUGGAGAAUGUGAGAAACCUGGUAGUGGCCGACUACUCCUAUUGGACGCUGUCCUACGCCAUCUCGCUUCAGGGCGCCCAGAAACUGAUGAAUGCUGAUCCGUUGUCUAAGAUGCUGCCCGUUGAUGAGUUCCUGCCCAUCAUGUACGACAAGCACCCCAAUGAAAACUACAAAUCCCACUUCCCCAACCGCAACCUACAAGCGUUCUCCACACACCCCCUGCUGGUACGGCCUUGCCACUACGCCGGGGACCCCCAGUGGGUGAGCGACACGGAGACCUCCACGCUGUGGGAUGACGACGCCGUCAAGACCGACUGGAGGGGUUCCCACAAGACCCUGAAGGGCGCCCCUCCUCCGCAAAUGCUGCAGACCACCUACAGGGACGAACUCUAAGUUGGGGUCACCACAGGGUCACAGGGGGUCAAGGUUCAGUGACAGGGAGGCCGUCAGGUAGAGGAGGGUGUUCUGUGUGUGUGUGUGAGCGUGUGUGUGUCUGCAUGUGUCAGUGUGAGUAUGUAUCCAUGCAUGUUCCGAAUAUAGAAAUUGUUGCGGGCUGUUUCAGCUAGGUUGCUUCACGGAAGAACGGAAGUCAGGUUGUUCUUUGGUUCAAAUGCAAGUUCUUUAUUUGAUCUCAUCAAAGAUACAGACUGAGGGCUGUCUGUGAAAGCCAUGGCACAGCGUGCAUGGCAGAGAGUGCAUGGCAGAGAGUGCAUGGCAGAGAGUGCAUGGCAGAGAGUGCAUGGCAGAGAGUGCAUGGCAGAGAGUGCAUGGCAGAGAGUGCAUGGCAGAGAGUGCAUGGCAGAGAGUGCAUGGCAGAGAGUGCAUGGCAGAGAGUGCCCAGAGCAAUAGACAGGAUAUCGUUUUAUACACUUUAGACAAGGCCCGUCCUCUAGCUUAACAUGGGCUAAACAUGGGCAUACAGAAACACAUCCUGCUCUGGAUAUCUCUUCCUUUUCUUAAUGUCAGCACUUAUAUUCAAAGUGCAUCUCUCAGUCUAAAGGUCCUACAUUAAACUGUGUCUUUGUCCUUUUCCAUCUUGAUAUUUGGGUGUAUGUUAGGUCUAUCUAAGGUCAGUUAUAGCCUUUUUCCAUGUCUCCUGAUUACUUGGUCUAACCUCGGGUCAAUGACAGUUCAUCUAAGGUAACUAAGAUCUUGUUAUGUGCUGUGUCUUGUUCUUUAGGUCAAUGCUAGGUCACCUGAGGUAACCUUUCAGUUCUUAGUCAGUGAGGUCAUCUCAGGAUAAUUCAGACAGUUUAGUGCUAGUUUCAUGCAGGACAAUCAACCAGUUUAGUGCCAGUUUCAUGCAGGACAAUCAACCAGUUUAGUGCUAGUUUUAUGCAGGACAAUCAACCAGUGAUAGUAGUUUCAUACAGUUUUCGGCCACAACAAAAUUAACAUGACUUCUGUUCUGUACAAGGAGCACAUUGUUGUUGAAAGGUGAGUCUGACUAAGAACUGCAGGGAAAGGAAAUAUGAAAUAUUAGAAUAUUGAAAUAUUCUUAAGUUAAGGCAGAGCUCCAAAUCUAUGCAAACUCCACAUGUUCCCAGACCUGUGUUGAUUGGUUAUUUCUGGUCUAGGUCCAUGUUAAAGUUCAAGUGGUCACGAGAGUGUGGCUUUACUGGGAGUCACUCAUGGGGUCAGCUACAGUUUCAUACUGCGCUGAUCUGUGAUUGGGUGUUUUCAUGGUAUGUUUUCUUUUGAAUAUGUUUAUUGUUCUCUUAAUAAUAUUGUAUAUGUGAAUAUAUUAUCUUUUGAUAAUUUAUUUUUGCUAUUAUAUCAUUUUGGAGGCUGUGGUUGGUUUUUCUGUGCAGAAUGAAACAUUUGUUCUCAUUCUUAUGGACUCAUUCUGUUGUGAAUUUCAAGUGCAAUGGUUGUGAGGGUGCUUUUUAUGUAAGUGAAAUUUCUGCUAUUAGUUUACAACAAUAUUUGUCUGUUAAGUUUAACUUUCCCAGUUCUCUUGGUGACAGAAUGGAGUUCAGUUUACUCACAGACGGUGCAACUAAACUGUGCCUUCAUGCCUUCAGUAAAAAAAAUUAUGUCCUUGCUUUGUAAUUUGAAACUCAUGAAAUAUAUUGUUAAAACAUGUUUUAUCAA